CACAGGAGCCGGAGAUUCAGGCCGCUGGUCCAGUCAACACACUGGCGGAGACUGUUCCUGUCACACCGAAGCCUACUUCUGCGGAACCAUCCUCAUUUGAUAAUCACAAUGUCUCGGUCUUCCCAAUGCCCAUAUUCUGUGAUCCUUCCGUGUCAGACCCUAUUAUCUCUUCUGGGACCAAUCAUCUACAACAGACUCCACGUUUGGUCAAACUCCCAGGCACCCCUCACAUCAUCAUCAGCCCGCACUCUACACCAGGCCAACCCACUCCAGUUUCAGUACCCGUCUCCACAUCAAUGUUGCAUACUUUCUCUCGUCGGGAAUCGCCAUCCGAAGGCAGCAACAGUCCAAGUGGUCUUUUCACGCCUCGAGAGGGCGAGCCGACUAGUGUGGAUAUAGGUGAUGUCUUUGGCAUGCCUUCUCCCUCUCAUGCAUAUCUACCGCUCCCGUCUUCUGACGAUGUUAUGGCCUCCGUUACGAGUGCUCUAGCGUCGCGAUCUGAAAUUGAUACAACGACGAUUGAUGUUUCCGACAACGUUGCAGUCACUGAACCAAGUCCAGCCAGAACAUUCACUAGUAACCAAGACGGUGGUAGAUCUGAAUUCGUGGAAGCUACGCAGCUUGGCGUAUCCCAUCCUUCGUCUGUCGAUGCUGAUGCAGAGAAUGAAACCGAUCAACCAUCAACGAAGCCUGCCGCCGAACACCGCUCAGUAGCGGAAAACACCACCGUAGCUUCGCUGAAAUCUGAGGAAGUUCAGCAGGCAGCCAGAAGUGCUCUGCCGACAGUAUCAGACCAAACGCCUCCAUCAGACCAUGAUCGCCCCGAAGAGGUUCUAGCAUCAGCUGAAGCUCUCCCCGUAGAGGUCCUUGGACCCGUGGACUCCCCCUUACUCAGUCCUCUAUCAGAACAAGAACCAUUGCAAUCGCUGGCACCCGACAGUGAGAUACUACCAGAAUCCGUUCGCGAACCUGGGCAAGACGACAACCAGGAGGAUUCUGUUUCCAAAUAUGGAUUGGAACACUUCACUAAUGUCCCGGGCACACCACACGAGUUUCCUGACGUCCGUGAACCCAGGGGAUCUGGAGAUGCUGAAGACCAAGAAUCUCAAAUGAAGCCUUCCAAGCGGAAGAGGACAUCACCAGUACAAAAUUCGAGUCGUCUCACUCGUUCGAUGUCAAGCGGACACAAGAAAUCUCAAGGAGAUCACAAAGCAGAGCGGGCUGCGCCAGGUCGCCGCCGGAAGCGGAAGCUCUUCGACCUUAAGGAUGGUGAUAGUGAUCAUGGAUCAGCAAGCUCUGGCGCUAGUACCGCCGCCAAGCUUCUUCAAUUCACUAGCGCUAAUGGGUCACGGGCUUCUUCUAUCGUGUCCUCUGCUCCAAGUGAUUCCUCUUCAAUCCAACAUCCCCCCGUUCCCCCGCCGCUCUUCCAUACACAUGGUGCCAUGCAUCACCGCCAUCGACCGCCACUUCUACCUUCUGUGCCACUUCAGACUCACAACACUAAGAUGGUAUCUCCAGAGCCUUCCCACAACCCUGAGCGCCAAAAGGAUUACUCUUCGGUUUCAGCCCCGCCACGUGCUCCCUCUUCCAACGUUCAGUGUUCCGCUGCGUCGACAAGUUCACCUGUCACUCGCUCUAACUGUCGAUUCCAUAAAGUCAGUCUACCUAAAGAGGAAGGUGGGCCAAGAGUAUGCUUCGUAGUACCCGGUUGCUCUCUUGGUGACAAGGAGCUGAUGGACGAAGAGGAGAUACAGGACCAUGGUCCAGCAACUUAUGAGGACUAUCCCCGCUUGAUUGGCAAUAUCGAGGCCUUGGACUUCAAUCCCUAUCUGGUCGGCAUCUUGCGGCAACUAGUCGGAGUGGACCUGAUUCGGGAAAAUGAGGUGUUCUUCCUGCUCCAACCUGGGGAGGAAGUACAAUACAAGAAGAAGGGCCGAAAAUCAACCACAGUAUCAAAGCUUGUCGCAUCCCUGUCGCAGAGUGCUACCACCUCGCCACAAUUUUCAGUGGCGUCGCGGCGUUCACCGGUGACAUCGAUCUCGCGGCCACCCGUUUCCACCGCAGGAUCAAUUGCAACAUCAUUUGGCUCGUCCUUGUCUGAGGCGCAGCUAUACAAGCACACGUCUUCAUUAUUCUCAGCGUCAGGUGAAGAGCUGUCGGAUGAAGAAGGCAGUUCUCCCAAACUCAAACGUCGACGAAAGGAAUCUGUUUCUGAUAAAGAAACUCGUGCUGACGUAGAAGCGGACAAUGUCCCUCAAGAUCCACUAUCGAAAGGUCCGCAGCGAUUGACCCACAUCCUGAAACGGAGACGGAGCAAACGACAAAUUGUAGACUCAGCUGCAUACAAGCCUCAUACGGAAGAUGUGGAGGGCUCUGAUAGCGGAGCAGACGCAUUAGGCAAGGAUCGUCGCAAGACGAAAAAGAUCAGAGCGAAAAAGCGGUCUCAUGUAGCAGAUGAAGAACAAGACUCGCAAGCAAAGAGACAGAAGCAGGUCCCCACUGAAUGAAAUCAUUUCGGUAUUUUUAUGUUCAUAUUUUGUCCUCGGCACGCAUCCAUCUUCAU